GAGAGAGAGCAAGAGGGAGGGUGAGCAACACGAAAUUCAUUGCAAUUAAUAAUAAAAAAGAGUUGGCAGUCGUGCUCGGAAAACUGGCAUGGUUUUUGGGAGGCUGGCAGUUCAAAGUUGAAACGUCAGAAAUGACUCCAAAAGACUGUUGAGAUGAUCAUUAAGGGAGACUUAGAUCGGAUGGCAGAAGAGAUCGGGCAUCCAGGUAUUGGUCUGAAGUCGAUGCUGGAUGCCAUGGAAGCCCCAAGUCAUGCUAGGCACCUCCUCUUGCAGUUGAACACACAACGAACCAAAGGCUUCUUGUGUGAUGUUAUCAUCGUGGUGCAGAAUGCACUUUUCCGUGCUCACAAGAACAUCCUGGCAGCCAGUAGCCUCUACCUUAAGUCUCUUGUUGUUCAUGACAACCUCAUCAAUCUGGACCAUGAGAUGGUCAGUCCAGGUGUGUUUCGAGUCAUUCUUGACUAUAUCUACACAGGACGCUUAAGUGAAGGUGACCCCACCUCUCCAACUGAGCCAAAUAUAGGAGCAGUGCUGGCGGCUGCAAGUUAUCUGCAGCUGCUGGAUCUAGUGACUCUAUGCAAGAAGAAGCUGAAGAGAAAUGGGAAGUACCAUUUACGUCCCAACCCUGGGUUUUUACCUUAUAAGAUAGGCUCCAGUGGCGUGGGGGGAGGACGGUUUCGAAUAUCUACCCCUGUCAUCCACUCCUGUCACCCUGGAGGAGUAGUUAACAACCCUCGACCUACACCAUUAGAGGACCUGCCCCCCCUCCCACUUGGCCCCCACGUCGGCGAAAUUUAUGCACCACUUCCCACCCAGGGUCCACCGCCUUACCCCCCAGCAAAGGCAUCCCUGUCACCCCAGUCAGGCCUGCGCAUGCCCCCUACUGACAGGACCUGCUCAUCCGUCUAUGGCCUUGACCUGUCCAAGAAAAGCCCAAGUUCCCAGUCCCAGCUUCCUUCUGGUCACCCCCAUUUGAUCUCCUCACUCCACCCAGAAGAGGACCCUGAGGGGGAGCUAGAUCAAAGCACUAGCCCCCUGCUCAGUCCCAAUGAUGGCUCCAGAAAAAUGGAGACAGCCCAUCAUGUGGGCUCUCUCACCCCGCACCCCUUCCCUCUACCCAACCAUCCUCUUGCCCCUCAUCUUCCCCACCUGCACCGUCCUCAGGGCCAAGAACCUUACCCCUGCGCUCCCAGCCCAGAACCAAUGGAAGACUCCAGAGAACAAGGCCGAGAUGGGUCCAACAUCUAUCGGUGGGUGAAGAAUGAGCCUUCCAACCCAGAGGAUGAAGAUGAGGAAGACGAAGAGGAUGAGAGUGGAGGAAUGGCUGAGCAGGAUAAAGAGAGGCACCAGCACAUGAAUCACCAUAAGAACAGCGAGGAGAAACUGAACAUGAAUGAGCGGGGCUAUGACAGAGGGACCUGCGAUGAUGGAGAGGAUGAGAAUGGGACCGGCAGCGAAGAGACAGGGAGCAGCGAGGGUCGUCCGUCUCCCCCUGUUCCGGGUGGAAGAUAUCACAUGCCGUACGAGCCAGAGAGUUUCGGAGAUAACUUGUACGUAUGCAUUCCCUGUGACAAAGGCUUCCCCAGCUCAGAGCAGCUCAAUGCCCAUGUGGAAACUCAUACUGAGGAGGAGCUAAACAACGUGAGCGAGCUGGACAACAGCAACAACAGCAGCAGCAAACCCACCAAUGCCCAUGGACCUACAAGCUUGAAUAGCUCUAGUGGCCUCCACAGCCCUUUCCUAGAUAGCAAAUCGACGCAAAAUCUCCAUUCCAUUGGUCUCGGGGAGAUCAUACGACCCUAUCGCUGUUCGUCCUGUGACAAGUCUUAUAAAGAUCCUGCCACCCUAAGGCAACAUGAGAAAACCCACUGGCUGACACGCCCAUACCCCUGUAGCAUCUGUGGCAAGAAGUUCACCCAACGUGGUACUAUGACACGCCACAUGCGCAGCCAUUUGGGCCUAAAACCCUUCGCCUGUGACGCCUGCGGCAUGCGCUUUACUCGACAGUACCGUCUGACCGAACACAUGCGCAUCCACUCUGGAGAGAAACCCUAUGAGUGCCAGGUGUGUGGGGGCAAGUUUGCUCAGCAACGCAACCUUAUCAGUCACAUGAAGAUGCACAGCAGUGGAACAGCUGGCGGAGGACUAACUCCUGACGGCAAGCUGAAGAUAGACUUCUCCGAGGGGAUUUAUCCCCUGAGCAAGUACACAGCUGAGCAUCUGGGUCUGAAACAGGAGAAAACCUCAGACCUUCUCACAGUUUCUCAGCACCUGCUGGCUGACGCCAAAGCCAUGGAGAGCCUCUAUCCGCUGUCAAAGCUGGCUGUAGAACACCUCGGCCUCACCCACAAGAUAGACGUCCUGAACCAGCCACUGCCACCCACUUCCCAGCAGCUCUCGGCAGAGUCCCGCACCAUUGACCGCUACUCUCCCAGCUAGAGGGGGGAACCACUAGCUAUACUUUCCAAAGAGACAUCACUGUAUGCCAUUCACAGUAUUCAACUCUCACCUCAUCUUCAUUUGAACCUGCACCUCAAAGCGUGGAGGCCAGAAAGUGUUGGCCAUAAAAAUGCACACAAACUGUUUAAUUCUGAACGUGCCUUUCUUUGCAGAUUUUGCAGUAUGUGCAUUUCUUAAAAUUUACUUUCCUACAAGGAGGAAACUGCUUUAUUUAUAAUCUGUUUUGACCGUUGGACACUCAGACAAUGCAGUAUUUAUAUAAAAACAACUUCUUUUUUGUUCAAUCACCGAGCCAAACAACCAAUUGAAAACCAAAAAGAGAUUGUUUUUAUUUAUUUUUAUUUUUCUGUUCAUUUUCUUUUCUUUUUUUUUUUGUAUGUUGGAAAAGCCAAAGAGAAAAUGUCAAAUGUUACAGAAGAGAGUUGCAAUCGUACCCUAAACUCGUGUAUUAAGUAUUAUUGGUGUAUAUAGAAUGAAAAAGCACAUAUGAACAAUAUUCAGGGCUUCUGUCCAGAAUGGAGCAGCAAAUCUGGACGAAAGAAAAAAGCCAAAUCUUUGGGAUUUUAUAGUAAUUGGAGGACUUUUUAUAGACUAUUUUUCGGAGUACUGGAUCACCUGUAUCUGAUUUUCCAGCUUUGUGAAUGGCCCAGUUUUUUUCCAUACUAAAGGGAGCAACUAACUGAAGAGAGUGUUUGUUCCAGGACUUAGGUAAAGUGAUCUAAGCUUUUCUCUGCAUUGAUGUAGUUAUCCCCUUCAGCAUGGAAUGAGAGUUCACUGAGAGUACCAUUUAAUUUUUUUUUUCACCACCUUCAGGUGUAUGGUCUCGAGCUAUUUAGUGUCUUUGUUCCCUUUCCUUUCCUCCAACGCCAAGUGCCUUCAGCUUAUUGAAAAAGUAGCAAGUACUGCCCUGUGAUCUCACAACUGGAAUAUCUUUGUGCAUAUUCCGAUCAUGAUAUAACAAUCCAUGUCCACGUGUUUCGGUCCAUCUGGUGCGACAGACUAAGCAUGGGUGGUGCCUUUGAAAAUGCAGUAAUAUUUACAGCAGAGGCCAUAUGCUUCAGUUGCAUCGCAGUCGACCCCUUUGAGCGACUCUCUGCAUGACUAGUUGUAUAACAGUUCCAGUGAAGGCACUUUUGUGUAUAUAAACCAAAGAGUGACGUUUUGCUAAUGAUUGAUUCGGCAACACCUUCAAGACCUUUCCUCAUGUGAAAUGUUUGAGAGGGCCUCCUCACCCCUAUUACGGUGCAGUUAAUUUCAGGCUAAUGUGACGGCUUUAACCCCACGGUGCCUCACACACACACACACACACACGUAGAGCCGCUAAUGUGACAACCAUCUGAACAUGAGGAGCAAGGCUCUCUCUCACUGAUACUGUGAGUGCAGAUAGCAGCAGCUGGUCUACUCAGGGUAAGCCCUGUGAAAUCUCAGAUUUUCGAAGACUAUCCGGGCUUGUCUGUCCCACUGAUGUUAGAUUUUAUGCCAGUUGACCAGGCCCUGUGAUCUGAACGUACACCCUAAUCCUCCAGCUACCGCUCUAAUGUACCAUAAGCUGCACUUACAACAAUCAAUCCUCCUUAUUUCAAGUAACAUAAAAGACAGUAGCCUGUUAGGGCUGCUUCCUUUUUUGUAGUCUUAAAGCUCAUCUGCUUUGCCUCUAAAUAAAUCGUUUUACAGUAAAUGUAAAUGUUCUGAAGAGAUCCGGCACCCGCUGUUUUUAUUCCAAAGACCAUGCUGACAUUUUGUCUUUUCCUCUCACAGAAAUAUUUGUUAACCACUAGUUACAAUUACAACCUCAGCUGGUGAAUGUGAAAACUUAAACCACGAAUGCACUGUGAAAGAACUAGUGAAUCUUAAAGCUUUAGAGCUUAGUGAAUAUUGAACAUGUUAUUUGGGACAAAUUACCUGGGCUUUACUCUGUAGCAUGUCAGCUAUUCAAAGUGUUUCUUUUCUGUUUUCUUUGUUAUUUUUUUGGUCAGAUUGAACUCUCUUAAUCAAAGCAAAAAGACAUUGGUGCUUACCUCAGGACUGAGCCUAUCAUGGGUUACACAAUGCUUUAGCAAUAGUUUAAUACAAAAACACACGUAAUUGCUCUCUGUGUAUUGUACAUUAAAAUUCAAGCACACUUUCUGAAGGGAUCUUAUUGUUUUUAAACCUGUGAUUAUUUCACAAUGAUAAAAUUGUCUUUUUUUCUGAAAUGAUUAUUUGAUUAUUUUUUUUAUUUUUUUUGUGAAUAGCCUAUGCAACUGUCUCCUAUUUUUACAUUACAGAAAAUACUGUAGUUACACAAUGAAAUGGGAAAUUACCAUAAAAGGCAAAUUUGUAAAUUAAAAAUGAUUUCUUGAUAAAAAUCAGCAUGUUUGUUUUUCUGUACACUUGAAGGUACUUGAAAUUCUACAGCACAGUUUGAAACUCACACAUGCACUAAAAGAAAUGCCAGACAGCAAGUCCGAUUACUGUUAACGUUAUGCUGUAUAAGAAAUGUUGUGUGUUUAUCAAUAAUUCGCCGCAAUGAUAAACACUUGGCCGAGUUGGUAAGGAGGGAAGCAUAGUUUCUGAAGUUGAUUGACCCAUUUGUUCUGGGCGGGCCUGCAGAAACUUUAGCUGACCUUUUUGCCGAGAGGCAGGAUUAGACUCCCAGUGAGGUUUUGUAUACAUGUACUAUUAAACCACACGCAUGAAACCAGCUUGUUUGGGGCGAGACAGAUGCUGAAAUUUCCCAACACUCUUAAGUGGACAGCCGAGAUCCAGAAAUUCCUCUCAACUUAAUUUUGCAAAACACAUGAAAACCGUCUGGGCACAGCGGUUUGUUUGUAUCCAAACGAAACCCAGAGCGUAAACGGAAUACAAAUCUUCUGACUCGAGGCAUAGAACAAUAUUACAGCUAUCAUAACAGUUAAAACUUUGACCGCAGACAUAUUAAUACGGGCUGAGGAGAUGUGACAGCCCGUUUGAAGUGGAUUUCGGUGGUGGGAAAAUAAAUCUCACACUCCCCUUCUCCGCCAUUCAUUAGCUCGCUCUCAUCGAAAAUCUAUCGCUCUCUUUCCUGCUCUCCGACAGACAAAACAAGAAAAAAAAAAAGAGAUUUUCCACUUCGGUUCCAAAAGCACAGAGAAAAGAAAACGAAAUAUUAAGUGGCUCUGCGAUCAGUACUGCUCUGACGGCUCUGGGAACGUAGAGGUGUGUGAGUCAGGGUCAGGGGGCAGGUGAGAUGUUUGGUUGUGUUUUAGUUCGCUCCAGCUAUCUGAAACAUACGAAAGUGCUUCUGUUAAUGGAACGGUUACAAAGGAGUAAAGUUGAGCUGGGGAAGUGAACUUUUGACUCUGUAGUAGCAGUGAGCAGGAUGUUUGGUGUGGUUCUGCUCAAAAGCAGAUAGGCAGAUGAUGAUAGAGAGAGACAGAGAAAGCAACUGAGGGUGAGAGAGAACAGAGCAGGUUUGUCGGGUGGACUGCAGCCAUCGUCUAUCUAUGGAAAAGUAGACUGGAAACCUCCAUCCCUGGUUUGUGCUCCUCAAAGAUGUUUCUUAAAGGAAUUUUCUGGUUUCAAUACAAAUUAAGCUCAAUCUACAGUACAACACUUAUUAACAUAAGGUUGAUCAACAGUUUUUGACAUGUCAAUGCUUUAAAUUUCUUUAAAAAAGCAAAAAUCUGAAAAUGUUAACAUUACUCUUAAAGCCACAAGACAUAAACAAUGUGUUAACAUGAUUUUAAUGUGAAAAAUCUUUGUCUGUAUGAAGCUAUAUUUGAUAACUUUGUGGUUUACAAUGUAUUGCUUACAAAAUUAUUUAAACCGCUUUACAAUCAAAUAAUAGUUUUACUGUAAAAAUUAUUUAGUUUUACAAGAAAGUUUUUUCUUUUAAGUCUUUCCACUUCAAAUUUUGACUUUUAGUUCAAUGAGUUACUUGCCAUUUCUUUGUAAUUAUAUGUAAAAUGUACUAGCAAUUUCUAAAUUAAAAUUCACCACCAAUUUUCUUUCAGUCUAAAUGCUUUUAUGAAAUUAUACAUUUCACAUUGAUUAGUUUUUUUUGCCCCAUUUACUUUUACUGUAAGGACCUCACCCUAAUUUAUUUAUUUUAUUUAUUAUUAGUUUUAAUUAUUUUAUUUAUUUUUGUUUUUUAAAAUCAGAUACAAGUUGAUAUUAUAUAUAUGUGUAUCUAUAUCUAUAUUUACUUAACCCUACAUAUAUUUUUAAUUGACAACUGCUGUCAAUUAAGCUUAAAAUUAACGUAUUGAAUCCAGAAUAAUCUUUUAAUAAUCUUCCCUACCUUUCUUUAAAAUUGGAUGGAAGCGGUUUUUGGCAUCUCAGAGUCAUUAACCUAAUGGUCACCCUGCUUGUCCUUGAAGAGAAACAAAACUUGAGAUAUGGAGUAAAAAAAUGUGGAACAAUAUACUCUGAGUCUGACCAUGCUUCAUAAAUGUGUCCAAGGGAAAUAUUCCUCUCAGUUUCAGGAAACCCCACUCAGUCAGAGCCGAAAACCAAAGCUAUACCAAUAUACUCUUAUAACAUUUAAAUGGCAUAAUCUAAAGUUUUUAUUCAUCGGAAACAGAAUGUGGAGUUUCUAUUGUGGGUUUAUUAAAGGUCUGAUUAAAUGAAGUUGGUGGCAUAAAUGUCAGUUGUGCAUAUCCUCUCACAGAGAUAAUCUUGACAGGUUCAAAGCAUUGAGAUUCUAAGAAAUGCUUAUUGAUAAGCUAGCUUCGCUCACUUCCUUCUUACAGCUGGUGCUCUGUAUGUUUCGCAACGUUUACUCUAAUUUUUUCUAAUCUAGGUUUAACAUAAAUUGUUGAUCUUGACUCAUUUUCAGCAAUCUGUAAUGAGUCAUCUGGGGGCAUGUGGGAUCUUCCAUGAUUGUGGGAUGUCUUGACCCACAAUGCACCUGUCCAUGUGUCUGUCUCAUUGUUGUACAGGGAGUGAGGUUGUUUUGACAUGAUUUCACAUCGCCAUUUUUGUGACUUGACGUUUGAAUCAUGACUUCAGUCACUAGCUUUUCUCAGUGGUCUUCUCAUUCGUGCCACUCCUUCUUCCCACUCGAUCUCCUCCCUUCAUUCACUACUCAGUCUUUCUCAAUCUCACCUCCUAUAGCCUGACCCACAAUGCUGAGCUCUUGCCCACACCUCUGAUGAAGUGGCGCCCAGCUGUUUUCAUGCUGAAGAAGACAGUUGUCUAAAUGUUUAUGUGAAUAACUACUUUCUUUUUCUUCACGCCCCGAUCGAGUUCCCGAGUGAGCUUAAAAGCAUGUGUUCAUAUCCUCCACGGGGUAACAUGGGCUAUAUAAACAGUAUACAGGGGCUAUUGUCUCUGACUAAAUAAAUAACUAUAAAUAUAUUCCAGAGACACAGAUAAAAGAGGAACUGUGUGAUUAAGGAAACUUGACCUUAUAAAAGGGAAAUGAACAUAUUCAUACUGGACUUGCCAGUAAGGCCAACAUGUUUAGGAUUGCACAAUUUCAGCUUGGUCACACAGAUGUUCAUGCCACCCACUGAAUCUGAGAGAGUGGGAAUCUCAAAAUGGCAUAUUGUAAAACAGCAAGUACUGUAAUUAAAUUAAUAGUUCAAUUGAAAACCAUAUAUGGGUCAAUGACGUGAUCUGAUGAUUGUCUGGAUCUAUUAAAGUCAUCAAAAAAUAUAUUAGAAAGAUUUCAGUGCUGUUUUUAUUUCUUUGAAUUCUGUUCUUAAAUCACUUUGAGUGAAAUAAAAAUGAUCUUUUUAUGACUUAAAGUGUAAUAUUUUGGUGUAUCUAUCUGGAGACUGUAGUCUCAAAAAGAUUCAAAUGCUUAACAAAACUUUUGGCAUAAUUAGUUACAUAAUAUUUCAUUAUUGUUUUUUAAAUACAAUAAUACAUUUAAAAUGUAUUUAAAUUUAAAUUUAUAAUAAUGUUCUGUCUUUUUUAAGGUGCCUUUAGAAAAAAUACAAAACACAGCAGAUUGAAACAAAAUUUAAACAAAUUCAAUGGUGAGAAUACAAAUACUUACAAAACAAAAACAAUAAAUUAUAAAUGAAUAUGGGUGUUAUUUUGUUAUGCAUAUUUUAGUAGAGGCUACCUUUAAAUAAAAUGUUUUAAGGCAAUUAAAAAUAGAGUUCAAAUGUAUUCAAGGUACAAUGGAAAUACUGUAUUACUUUUUAAUUUGAUAGAUAAACACCUUUGAUUUGUAAAAUAUUUCUUGUUUUUGUUGUCUCAGACAUCAUUUGUCAUUGACCCAUGUACUUAAAGAACCCACUUUGGCUGCAAUGGUUCUUUAUGUUGGUUCUUAGUGCACAGAAGGCAGGAAUAACCUUCAUGACAAGUCAUUUUCAAUGUCUGCUUGUUGUCAUCCUGUGGGACUGAUUUUACAAACAACUCUGUCUUCUUGUGUUCUUGACCUCGCAGUGGAUCACUAAACACAGCAAGCAGAGAAACAUUUCUGAGAGCGUCAAGUUACGUUGAAGUUGUUUUCCUAGAGUGGCAUUGAGGCGUAAUAGUGACGCCAGAUCACAUUUCUAUUGCGAAGCUAGUAUGCCCUAGCUAUCAGGAUACUUUCACCAGGCCCUAAAAUUAUCACCUCAUCUCAGUGUGACAGGAACAGGCUGUCUUUGUGCUGGCAGUGAGCUUCGGCAGCUACCAGCGUCUCCUUAUGCAUGUUUGGAUUGGAGCGCAGGCGCAGCUGUAACUCUGGAAGCAGAGAUCCGAAUCAGUGAAAGUCCAGGCCACACAGUCUUGAGCUCUGUUUGUAUUUAUCAUCCUCGUGUAGACAUACCUAAAAGUUCCGUACAGCCCAACCAAACAUGUAAACAAAAGAAAACGUCAGCAAAACGACUGCCUGAUAGGACCGUGCCGCUGUAAUCAUGCAUGAC